UCUUUCAGGUUGUAAACAGUCGUUCUGAGCUUAGCAGUAGACAGCAAAACAACACACACAAGUAGUGAUAUCCAAGGUAAUGGCUAGAAAAGGUCUGAAUAAAUCAGCUUUAAAAGCUGUGGAUGACUACUGGGAGUACACCAGGAUUGUGGGUGAGGAUGAUGGAGGUAACCUCUUCACUCCAGAGCAAUAUGAGGAGUACAGGAGAAAGGUUUUACCUCAACGUGUGCAGAACAGGUUGUACGUGAGCUUUGGUGUACCUGGAGGUGCUGACUGUAAGCAGAUUGGCCCUGAGACGCAGUGCUUCUGCACCCACAGGUAUAAGCAGCAUAAGACCGAGUGGGAGGUGGUGCCCUCUGAGCGACCUCUCGCUCUACCGUGUCGGGUCAAAGGAUGUCUCUGCUCUGCGUUCAGGUUCGUUCCACUUGUGGGAUCGAGUCCUGUGCGCUGCAGGUGUAAACACCAGCUCCAGGAUCACAGGGAAGAUGCAGCACAUCUGUGCAAGAAGUGUGACUUCUGCUCCGGGUUCCAGAGUCCGUACACUUGUGGCUGUGGCCAGCCCUGCUAUGCACACCAAACCCUGGUUGAGACAAAGCAGGAAAGGGAGGCAAGAGGUCAGCCAGCUGGUAAAGGUGUUCCUUAUGCGGCCAUGGGUGGACUGACGGGCUUCAGGUCUUUGCUGGAUGGUUACCUCAACAUGGAAGCCUCUUCUGAGGAAGACAGAGAAGACGGCUGUGUGCAGACACCGUCUGCAUCAAGGAUGAGCGACGGAUCUCUGAAAGCAUCCAGCUCUGGUCGUCGUCAGCACCGGAGCAGCCAACAGUAAAAUACAACAGCUCUGUACAAACUCUUGGUGAAACUUCAGAUAUUAAAUUAUUUGUUCAGAA